UGUCGAUAUCACUAACAUUGCGGAGUACGAUACAACAAUCUCUCCCCACCGGAUAAUCUCUCAACCACAUCCUCACCCCCUCUAUCUCUAACAUAUAACAAAGUAUGUCUCUUCGCUCUCUUUCCCGCUCUCUCCUCCGUCCCAUGUCCAUGUCCACUACACCGACAACCCGCCUAGCAUCCCUCCACUCCCACCUCCACCUCCAACAUACAACCCCUCUAACAACCCCUCCCCAGACCAGACCAAAAACCACAACCACAACCACCAAAAUGUCACCCCCCACAACCAUGAAAGCAAUCGAAAUCACCCAAACCGGCGGCCCCGAAGUCCUCUCCUACAAAACCGACCAUCCCGUCCCCACACCCGCCGAAAACCAAGUCCUCGUCCAGAACUCCGUCUCCGGAAUCAACUACAUCGAUACGUACUUCCGCACUGGUCUCUAUCCGGCGCCGAAACCGGAGAUUCUGGGUCGCGAGGCUGUUGGUACUAUUGCCGCUCUGGGUUCUGGUGACAACGCGCAUGGCUUCCAGGUCGGUGAUCGCGUUGCUUGGUUGGGGACGGGUGGGUAUGCGGAGUACACUGCCGUGCCUGCGGCGAAGACGGUUAAGGUUCCCGAGGGGAUUAGCGAUGAGGAUGUUAUGGCUGGUUUCCUUAGUGGAUUGACCGUGUUGACGCUGGUGAAAGAGACGUAUCCCGUGCAGAAGGGGGAGACGGUCCUUGUGCAUGCGGCUGCUGGCGGGGCGGGGUCGCUGAUGGUGCAGGUGCUGAAGAGCAUUGGGGCGAAGGUCAUCGGUACCGCUGGUGGUGAGGCGAAGUGUGCUUUGGCAAAGCAGUUGGGCGCGGACGUGGUUAUUGAUUACCGGGCCGAGGACUGGGUGAGCAAGGUGAAGGAGGCUACUGGGGGUAAGGGCGUGGAUGUUGUUUAUGAUUCUGUGGGCAAGGAUACGUGGGAGGGUGCGUUGGAGGUGAUUAAGAGGAAGGGGACGAUUGUUUGGUUUGGGAAUGCGAGUGGGCCGGUGCCACCUUUGCCUAUUCAGAAACUCUCGCCCAAGAACCUCAAGGUCGCGCGUCCUCAGCUGUUCGGGUACAUUGACACUCGCGAGGAGUACGAGUUCUACACCAAUGAGCUGUUCUCGCUGCUCAAGUCGGGCCAGCUCAAGGUCAAGGUUCACAAUGUGUAUCCGUUGGAGCAGGUUGCGCAGGCUCAUAUCGAUCUGGAGGGUCGCAAGACUACCGGCAAGCCUCUUCUGAAGCCGUAAAUAUGUACAUAGGUAUCAUCUACGGCCACAAUUAUAUUGAA